UUGCUUGACUGGUUUUUAUUAUGCAUUUAAAUAUUUUGUAUUUGCGCAGUAGAAGGGAAAAAAAUGUUAGCAAUUCAUAUGUGAAGCUGAUUAUGAAUUAGUACAUUAUCAAAUGUUCAAACGAUUGGGUAGGAAGUACGCCAAUAUAUGUGUGAAGCUUCUAAAGAAAAGAAUCCAUUGAAUAGCAUUUUCUACAACAAUUCCAGACUCUUGCUAUAAAUGCGAAAAUUUCGCAAACAAGCUGUUUUAUGUUGAUGGUGUGAAAGCGUUUAGGGACGGAGGAUGUGGAGGCAGUGAUGGUGGUGGUGGUGGUGACACACGGUGGAGAUAUCUACAUGCAUACAAACAUUAAUUUAGAUUUGUUAACCGAGUGACUCGGUGUUGGACUGUGUUCGUGAGUCUUCAAUCAAAGUAUACGUGUAACGGUUGUUGCAGCAAAUAUCUCAGACAGUUCGGUAGUGUUGAACGGAGACAGAUUUUCGAUUUUUUUGUCUGCAAGCUUGUUUUAUGUGAUUUCUACAAUUCUUAAAUAUUUCUAAAUUGUUUUCUAAUCAUUCCGUAUAAUAUUUCAAAUUGGUAGUGCAAACGUGAUUUGUUAAAAUGUAUUUUGUAACAAGUUUAUGCAAAUUUUGUAAAUGUGGUUGUUAGAUAUUUUACAUAAAAUAAGAGUAAAACCAUUACAAAAAUUACAUGUGCAAAAAAUCCCCAUUUAAUUUCAUCACAAAAGGCAAUUAUAAUAUAUUUUUCAAGUAUAUUGGAAAAACAGUCGCGUCAAUAUGUCAUUAGCCAGCGCUACAGGGAUUUUACUAAAACCACAAACUCCAUUGCAACAACUACUAGAGGAUAUAAAUUUCCAACGUACAAAAGAAAUGCGACAAUUGCUCAAGGAUGAUAGCGGUUUUGUGGUACUCCAGGGCACUACAUAUUGGACAGAUUUGUUUGUGCGACAUUUCCUCUUUCAAAGUGAGCCGGUCCACAGUAUAGAUUCAGAUGAUUUGCUCUUUUUUGUACGCAAAAAACACGUGAAAAGCUCUUCCCGACAUAUGCCAAAGUAUGAGACAGAAGUGGAUGUAUUUCGUAAGGACUCACGUAAACUUCCGAUUGGUGAUCCGGACGUCGAUUGGGAGGAGACAGUAUAUUUAAAUAUGGUCAUACAUCAAUUUGAUUAUACACUUACUUUAGCUAUUUGUACACGCACAUCGCCAAAGGAAUUGCAGGUAUUGAGACGACACUCACAACGCGUUUAUGCGAGUCCAAGUCGUCGAAAAAUGGAUACCAAAGGUGAAGGUGAAGAGAUAACAUACCCGCAUAUAUGUUUUAUGGUGGACAAUUUUGAUGAGGUUUUUAGCGAUAUAUUGGUGCGCGAUGGUGAAAUGGUAUGUGUGGAAUUGGUUGCGAAUGAUAAAGAUGGCUCGGUGCAGGGCGUUAUAUUUCUGGGCUCCAUUCGUUAUGAUGCACUAAAAAAGGUCUACGAUGCAAGGCAAUCGAGUCUCAGUUCCAAAGUGGCUCAACGCAUGUCUUUCGGCUUAUUUAGCAGCGGCGCUGGUGUGCAAACACGUUGUGAAUUUGUGCGCAUGAAGGGACCACAAGGCAAAGGACAUGCCGAAAUGGCUGUAACAAAACCGAAAGGUUCAGGCGUAGAGACGCCAACGAGCGAACCGGGCUUUUGUGCCACCGACAUGUGGGACGAUUGGGAGGAAGAAAAUGAUGAUUACUGUACUUAUCGUCAUCAACGUCGUUUGAGUGAUCCUAGCGCUAAUUUAAAUAAUUUCUCACGUUACGCUUGGCGUACGAAAGGCGCACCCGAUGCGGUGGGCGGUACAGCGGGUGCCAAGGCGCGUUCGGAGAAUGAAGGACUCGAUUCGUUGGCCAAUGAGGUGUCGGAAAUUGAAGCAGGCGAUUUGCGUGAUGAUCUACGUCCUGCUUUCUCGGCAUCCGAGGCCAAACUACAUCUCAAUCCGAACUGUGAAGCAGCCAACGCGGCUGCGGUUAAACUACCAAUUUCACCGGAAAACGAACUGAAACACAGUGUCCAACGAGAAACGUCCAAAAACGUCGCCGAUGACGGCGUGCCUGUCGCUGAGGCAGUAGAAGUCACUGCGGUGACACCAACCUCGAAUACGAGCACUGCAGGUUGCACCAACUGCUUUGGUGGCAAGAAAUGCAAACGUUGGAUUGGUUCGUCGAGUGAUAAGAAUACGCCUGAAAUGUCAGAGGUCUAUUGUCCGACGUGUGAUGAUGCGGCCAAUGAGACGCCAGCUUGUCUCAAUAAAAUGCCGGAUAAAAAGUCAAAGCCCAAACAUAAAACCAUACUUAGUGUUGAAAGUGAGUUGAUUGUGAGUAAGCGAGGAAGUUUGCGUUUGACUGGUAGUGGGCAGAAGCAAAAAGUCGUGGCACGCAGCACCUCGUUGAGCGCGGCCGAUCGCAAGCCAAAGCGGACGUCAAGUCCGGCCGAGAGGAAGGAGAAAGAGAAGGAGAAGAGUAAACUUAAGGAAAAAGUUAAGGAUAAGGAUAAAGAUAAGGAUAAGAAUAAAACUACAAAUUUACUUGCCAAGGUUUCACCCAAACGCAACCGGUCCAAGACAAGCGUAACGGUCACUACCAAAACGAAGAACAAUAAUACAGCGAAAGACGUCAAGGAAGCAAACGCAAAAACGACAACUCAGGACGAUAGCAACAAUAGUAAUAAUAAUAGCGUAGAAGACCAAGAACCGGCGACACAGAAAGUCGAAGAGUACGAAAUAGCCGAUGAUGCGACUUCGUUAAACGGCACUACCGUCGAAAUGACCGAAGCCAAAAUGGCCAUAUUGAGCGCCCAAGAUACGAAGCUAAUGAUAAAUGUGCGCGGUCGUGAAGAGCUGCCCGUUGUAGAGCAGCGUUCACCGCCCACUACAGCCGAGUUGAAUGCGUCCGGCAGCGCUGGGUAUGCAGGCAAAGCCAAUCCUUACAGUUUCGAGAAGUGUGUACGUGUACCUGUAAAAUCAGAAUGCCAUCCAUUGCAGCAGCAGCAGCAGCAACAGCAACAGCAGCUAGAGAUCGCACCUCAUAAGGAGCCACAUAGUGAGACUGCUUCUGCUAUUGCUACAGCUGAAACAAUUUUUGAUAAUAAGCGUGACAAUAGUAUAACGACGACUGUGUUAGUGUCAAUGACAACAACUACAACCACAUCAACAGCAAUAAAAACCACAAACAUUACGAAACUUCAGUUGAAAACUCAAAGUAUCGCACAUGAGGAUGUCAGCGAUUAUAAUGGCAAUAGUCACCUGGUGUCGCCACCCACGCAACCAUCAACGUCAUCGAGUGCACAACGUUCGCCCAUAUCUCCGCCGCCACUAAACCUGUCGAGCGCUGAAAAUGGUAGCGUUAGUGAUGGCGGUGUUGGUGCUGGCAGCGAUCCGGUGGGUGGCACGGAGAAUGGGCAUUCGAAUGCAACGUUGCCACGCGCAAAACGCAGCGCCGCACAACAUGCGUUCUAUCAGCGUGCGCUGAGCUUGGUGCCAAAGCGUCGUACGCCCGAUGGCACAAAUAUUUACUACUGGUGUGAUCUGCCGCGUAAGGCUCUCAAAGAAUUAGACGAUGGCGCCUACAAUCCACUUUGGGCCAGUCGUGGCUUUACACAGUCAUUUCACUUUUGGAAGGAGAAUCGCCGCCAACAGUCCACACCGCUCAAUGCAUUCCUCACCUAUGUGACACUGCCUUGGUGGAGCAUUGCUAAAGAUCUUUUGGAUCAUCGUGAAACGCCCAUAUUAACCUUUUAGUAUUAAAUGUUUAUUUUUAUUUCGAUUUUUUUACUAAUUGCAUAAC